AUGUCGGAUAAGUUAUCGAGAACCAUACAGAGAUUCCAGGCCAAAAUCGACUCGGGCUCGUUUUAUGAGGCGCACCAAACAUUGAGAACCAUCACCAACAGAUAUGUCAAGGGCAAACAGUAUCAGGAGGCACGAGAUUUGCUUUACCAAGGAGCAACUAUCUUGACCAAGAACAAAGAGUAUGCGUCCGCUGCAGAUUUGAUAAACUACUUGAUCCAGGUUUACGAAGAAGAAGAACUUCCAGUCACGGAGAAGGACGCCAAGUACAAGUUGAUGGAAUUGAUUUCGAAUUUACCCAAUGACGACCCGCUGCUCAACGACUUGGCAAAAAGCAGUAUUACGUGGUCGCAGAAGUCACCCGAGACUUCGAAAUUUGGCGACAAUGACUUGCAUCAUUUGUUUGGCGCCAAGUUUUUGGCGGCGUUGGAGAAGGAUAGUGGCUCAUGGGAGGCAGAGCAAAAGAUCAAAGUGUUUGCCAUUGCCGAGUUGCAUUUGGUCUUGGGCACUUUUGAAAGUGUGCCUGUUUAUGUAAACUACUUGGUGCUGUGCGCUCAAGCCAAUAGCGACGUUGACCCCGGGGUGUUUUUGUCAAGAGCCGUGCUCAACUAUGCUUAUUUGAAGAACAUCAACUUUGUCAAGGAGGCGCAGUCGUUGUUCUUGAGCAAAAUCGACCAAAAGAGCGAGGAACCGAUCAAAGAUGUUGUUGACUAUUAUGAAAACUGCCCAUUGCUCAAUUUCCUACAAUUGUUGGUUCAAGUGUUGCAGAAGGAUCCACCAACCAACAGUCAGAAAUUCCUCAAAUUGUACGAUCAUUACAAGUCGAGUUUGAAACAGCACGAAAUCCUAGCUCCAGUCGAAUACCUCGGAAAGCUAUACUUUAACCUCAAUCUCGGUUCAGGCCAGGGCGGCAAUAUGCUUGCAAAUAUCAUGGGAGGGUUAUUCAAAUAA